AUGGGUGCCGUACUAUCUUGCAUCGAGAGCGUCUUCGGCGCGAUCGGCAGCUGUAUCAUGGCGGUCGUCAACGCCAUCGCAUCCGUCUGCAUGGCCAUCAUCAAUGACAGGGCAUUGUGGCUGUCUUCAUGGCACUCAUCAGCUGCCUCACAUGCGGCCGAGCAGGGCGGCGUGGAGCGGCAACAACGAGUGCGGUAUGACGGAGGAUUCUUCGACUUUGGCAUGCGCAUGACGACAAGCGUACCUCUUCAACCUAUGAAGAUACCGAGGCGUGGCAUCAGCAUAGCAGCGUGCUGUUCUUACGGCACGCAAGGCCAGGAGACGCCAUAG